GCUUGGCCCGGUGUCAGUGUGUGUCGGUGCUUGGUAGAGGCCGGUUCUGUAUAGAUCAUUCUUGGUACUCAGAAUGUGUUUCAAUUCGCACACAUGGCUGCUGAGCUCUGCUGUGCUCUGCUGCCUGAGCACAAUUGGCGCUCAGCAACUGUUUGAACAGCCGUCGACGUUGACGGCCAGAAACUUAGCGCCGACAAUCUAUAAUGUGACAGGAGGGGCUGGAGCUGGCGCCGCACAGUUGCCAAAUCGUGCGGCCGCUCAACGUGCGCCAACACAAAUUAUUAAGGCAACGGCGCUGCAAGAAGUCAGGGAUAGCGAAGAGCUGGCGCCGUUCUUCCAGCAAUUGUUGAAGCAAACUAUGCCAAAUUGGCAGACAGAGCACAAGCAGCGGGGGCAGCAGCAGGAGCAGCAGCAGGAGUCGCGGGGGCAGCAGCAGCAACAGCAGCACUUUUUUGUGGAGCUGCCAAGUCAACAACCUCAAAUAUUGCAAGGCUACAAUGGCGUCAAUGUACGCCAGCAACAGCAACAGCAGCAGCAGCAGCAGCAGCUACAAUCGACAUCUCUGCCGCAGCAGCAACAACAGCAACAACAACAACCAUUCACUCAGCUGCCAAUUCAGUUGCAACAACAAUCAUACACAACAUAUUUAGAAGCAUCGCCAAAAAUCGCAUUGGCGCCGCUUGCAGCAGCAGCAGCAGCAGCAACAACAACAGCAACAGCAGCACCGGCGCCAAUUGGAAGUUUGGCCAACAGUUUUCAGCCUACCUCACCUCAAGCGCAAAACACGACGUUGGGCCAGGAGCAGUGUGAACUGUGCUGCGACCCGUUGGCGCCGCCGAAUACGCCCUGUGGCUGCUGCAAUACGAAGCCGUUGCUGAGCGCUGCGGCGCUCAAGGCGACAACUGGUUAGAUGCUAUUUUUAAUUAAAUUUCUGUGAAUGUGUGUGUGUGUGUGUGUAUGUGUGUGUGGUGUGGGUGGCUGUGUGCUGGCCCAAUUAAUAAAGACGUAUCAAAAAG